CCUGUGCCGCUGUUUAGUGCCUAAUACACCUUUUUGCACUGAAAAAAAUAAUACUCUGAAGCAGAUCGGCUGGCUUCAAAGCAGCUGUUAACAAAUCAACCCGAUCAAGAUAUUCUGCAAGUAUUAAAGUUUCUAAAGUAAAGAAAAAAACAACAAACAUUCUGAAGACUUAGCACAGUAAGCAGACUGGAACUUCCUCAAUGGAGGGAUCGUAUAAACUGGAGGAUGUGGAGUUAGCUUGGGAGAGGAUGAAGGAAGCCAAAGCCAUGCUUCACUUGGUUGAGGACAGCUUUGGUAUCCAGGACCGAAUAAUAGAUCCACCGUGGACAGAAGGAACGGGGGUGAAGCAGGACAGAGAGCCAGCAAUGGAGGGAGAGUCAAACCCAGAGACAGACCUUUCGAAGACUAUGAGAAGCCUCAGAACACAGAACACUGACUGGAGCUCCCUCAGGCCACACAGCAGCUUGAUCCAGAUCUCACCUGAGAGCACCAGAACACUUCCCUGCAGCGGGGUCCUGUCUGAAAAGACAAACCUGCCCCAGAACACUCCUGAGCGGAGCAGAACCCGAGAACUCAACGAUGACAUCAUCUGCAUUCUCCACAAGCACCAGCCAAUGAGCUGCAGUGAUGGAAGCACAGAGGGAAGAGGAACCCAGAGCCCAGCAGGCAGCGCUGCCUCCCCCCUGUUUAAUGCUCAGCGCAGGCAGCUCCUGAAAGCCGGCUCCCCUACUGGCAGGACCCUGCAGAGCCUGAAAGAGCGGAUCCACCAGCAGAGACAGCAGCACCAGGCUGUGCAGGGCAGCACUACUGAGGUCUACCAGCGGGGGGCGAUCACCAGGAAGGUCAGGAAGGUCACCUUCACACCUCCCCCUCCCGUCUAUAGAGGGUUCACCAUUGUGGCUGAGAGAACAGAGAGCCCAGGUGAAGGCAGAGCCAGCCUCCAACUCGGCAGCAAAGGGACAACUCGCAGGAGGGACCAGACACAGGGAACAGGUCACUCGAAAAGCCCAAGACUGAAGAAAACAACCUCACCCAGCAGCUCUCCCUCCAGAGACAUGAGCAGACAGACAAGAGGCCGGUCUCCGGGGGUGUCUGCCUGGCGAGAUGGACAGCGCCUGGUGAGGAUGCUGCUGGGGCCCGCCCCCCGACCCAAGAAGGGAGAGAGCGCUACCCAGGGGUCAGGAGAGUCACUGUUUUCAGAGGAGAAAAAUGACAUCAAACCUCCCGCAAAGAAGAGACUCUUUCCAUCCAAUGGGAAUCCUGGCCUUUCCAAAAGAAGCCUGUCCUUGUCAAAGAGAAGCCCCUCCCCCUCCCAACGGACCACCGCCUUGUCAAAGAGAAGCCCCUCCCCCUCCCAACGGACCACCGCCUUGUCAAAGAGAAGCCCCUCCCCCUCCCAACGGACCACCGCCUUGUCAAAGAGAAGCCCCUCCCCCUCCCAACGGACCACCGCCUUGUCAAAGAGAAGCCCCUCCCCCUCCCAACGGACCACCGCCUUGUCAAAGAGGAGCCCCUCCCACUCCCAACGGACCACCGCCUUGUCAAAGAGAAGCCCCUCCCCCUCCCAACGGACCACCGCCUUGUCAAAGAGAAGCCCCUCCCCCUCCCAACGGACCACCGCCUUGUCAAAGAGAAGCCCCUCCCCCUCUCAAAGGACCACCGCCUUGUCAAAGAGAAGCCCCUCCCCCUCCCAACGGACCACCACCUUGUCAAAGAGAAGCCCCUCCCCCUCUCAAAGGACCACCGCCUUGUCAAAGAGAAGCCCCUCCCCCUCCCAACGGACCACCGCCUUGUCAAAGAGAAGCCCCUCCCCCUCUCAAAGGACCACCGCCUUGUCAAAGAGAAGCCCCUCCCCCUCCCAACGGACCACCACCUUGUCAAAGAGAAGCCCCUCCCCCUCCCAACGGACCACCGCCUUGUCAAAGAGAAGCCCCUCCCCCUCCCAACGGACCACCGCCUUGUCAAAGAGAAGCCCCUCCCCCUCUCAAAGGACCACCGCCUUGUCAAAGAGAAGCCCCUCCCCCUCCCAACGGACCACCGCCUUGUCAAAGAGAAGCCCCUCCCCCUCCCAACGGACCACCACCUUGUCAAAGAGAAGCCCCUCCCCCUCCCAAAUAAGCACAGUCUUGUCAAAGAAAAGUACCUCACCUUCGCAUAGGCCCUCCCAGAAAAGCCCAAUGCGCUCAGCAGGAAGACCUGUCCCUUCACAAAGCCCCACCCACAAUAAGAGACAUCAGGCUCCACAAAGGGAAAACUCCUCCCCACCUACAGGAAGAACAGCUAGAUGGGAUGGGAAGGAAAACACAGGGCCACAGGAACCACAGCGCCCCCCUAAGGCCCGGAGCUACAGUGCAGAGGAGGUGCGUGCCUUCAUGGGGCGGCGUGCGAAAGAGAGGACGAGGCGAGCUCUAGAUGAGAGACGCGAGGCCCGCAGGGAAGAGGAGAGGAGGAGGGGGCUGCUAGAGGAGGUGCUCAGGAAACAGAGGGACGUCCUGCACAGAGCCCAGGGGAGCCGAAGUCCAGGAGCACACAGCAGAAAGAGGAAGGGGCAGAGAGACACCAACACCAAGAAGGAGCGGCCUGCUGCAGGGAGGCAGAGUGAUGGAGACACCCAGGACUGGCUGCAGCGGAGUGGGGACGGGGUGGGGAGAGCGCAGGAGCAGGGCAGAGGAGCUCCAGUGGAGCUGGUGAGUGUGGAAGGCACACAGAGGGAGGUUUGCAGCUCCAGUCCACUGAGACUAGCUGACCUAGCCCCCGCAGGGAGGCUAGCAGGGGGGGCUGGCAUUGCGCCGCUGAGCCGGGCAGAGAGAGUCAAGGCUAUCAGACAGGCGGCAGCAGCACUGGGUGCCCGGGUUGAGACCGAGACUGUCAGGCUGGGGGCCAGCGCCAGGCUGUCUGUUGGUGCAGGAGCCAGGCAGCAGGCUGUGCCAGGAUGCUCCAAGACUGGCCAGUCAGGCACCUCUGCCCUGCCCAGAGACCAGGACUCCACCUCCGCUAGUGAGGAGCUGCCCUGGUGCGAGGAUCCUGAACAGCCUGGAGCCAGAAGGACACAGCCUGACUCCACAGGGACGACCCGGGGAUUGUGUGAGGAGAGGAAGCAGAAGGCAGGAAGAGCAGGGACAGCAAAGACUGGAGCACAGAAUGGAAGCCUUCCACCAGGGAGGUUGGUAAGAGGAGGUGCAGAGAAACGAGUUGAGAAAGAGAGACAGCAGGAGACAUCACGGUCCGGACAGCAGUCCACCUCUCCUGGGAUGGGGCAGUCCAGGACACAGCCUUCCUUCAAGGGGAGAGCACAGACAGACCCUGAGGCGCUGAGUGAUGACUCAGGGGGGCCGGGGGCUGGCGAAGCCAGUGCGGAGGCAGCGGUCAGCAGCAGCAGUGAGGCUGACACAGAGUCCACCAGCAAGUGGAGCGAGGUGAGUCAGUUCUUUGGCAGGGGUGAGAUGCUGAACCGCUUGUCCCUGGAGCUAUCCCAGCAGACCCUGCGUGACGAGGAGCUGCGUGCCCGGCACCACAGUGCCCUCUUCAGGCUGCGAGAGGAGGCUCUGAGCGAGAAGACCCAGGCAGAGUUAGCCUGGCUCGAGCACCAGAAAAUGUGUCUGAGGGAAGGAGAGAAGGACACUCUGGCUGAGAUUGCAAGGAGACAGGAGGAUGUCCUUUACACCCUGCAGCAGGAGAAGACUGAAAUCCGGCACCUUCAGAAUGUGUACAGAGCUGCUCGGCAACAGAGGAAACUACUUCUGAGACAUCAGAGAGAGAUCCUGGGCAUCCAGAGAUCUGCUGCACUAAUAAAGAGUAAACUACUGGGAGACUCUGCACUGAGCCAAGAGAAUCCGGAGAGUGCAGAGCAGCAGCUACAAGGAGGGCUGGAGAAUAACACUGCACUGCACCAGUUACAAGGGGAUCUGAGCAAACACAGUGCAGUGCAUCUCAGCCAGGGAAAUCUAAAGAAACACUGUGCAUUACGCCAGUUCCAAGAUGAUGUAAAGAAAGAUGGGGCUGUACGGCAAUCACAUAGGGACCUAAGCAAAUACUCUGCAUUGCAGCUGUCACCGAGAGAGUUGCAUGAAAACACAGCACUGCUCCAUUUACAAGGAGAUCUGAAUAAAUGCUGUGAGGUUCAGCAGGAAGACACCAAACUGCAUCAAUUACAGGGGGGUCCUGAGGAAUACACCACUCUGAACCAAUUAAAGGGGGACAAUGAGGAGGGAACAACUUUGCAUCAUUUAAAGGGGGGUCCUCAGGAAGGCACUACUCUGCACCACUUAGAGGAUGGUCCACAGGAAGACACCACUCUCUAUGACUUACAGGGGGAAGAACCAGCAGGAACAACUCAGCAAAAGCUACAAGAAGGUCCUCAGAAAGACACCACUUUGCACAAGUUACCAGGGAGUCCUCUUGAAGACACUGCUUUGCACAACAUUCAGGGGGGUAGCCAGGAAGACACCACUCUGCAUCAGGUACACGGUGAUGGCCAAAAACACUCCACUGGUGACCAUGGGAACACUACUUGGGAGCAGAUUCCAGAUCAAAGCAGCUCUUCUGAGAGGCCUAGGAGCUCACCUGGUCCAGAGCCCGGGGAGAGACAGCGCAGGGUGGCGGAGCCUAGCCAGAACACGAGCAGUGAGCUGGGAGACAGGUUUGUGAUGAAAACAGAAAGAGACGCCUCUCCAACAGAGGGGAGUUGGAGCUGGGAAAAGAGAAAGAGUGAUCUGGAGAUCCUGGGUUUGGAAACAGAUGUUCUUCGCUCAGAUCCAGAGGACAAUGAGCAGGAUAUCCAGAACCUGGAAACGAAACGGAGCAAGCUGGAUAGUCUCCACUCCGAUCAGGAGAACAGUGAUACGGAUAACCAGGAAUGGGAUGAUAAGGAGUGGGGCUCUGGGGAGCAUGAGGCUGGGAAGAUUGAGGAGGGAUCAACUCAUGUGGUAGAGGACAGGACACAGACAGAUGGACAGGUGAUUGACAGAAAGGCAUGCAAUUUAGAAUCUGAGAAAGAAGAGCAUUCACAAAAAAACAUAGAUAGCUAUGAGUCUUCAGAAGAAGAAUCAUCUUGUUCCAGGUUCAACUUGAAGCUCCACUUGUCUUCUAAUUCAAAUGAUCUUUCCUUGAAGUCACAGAAAAGUUUGGGGUCAUAUCCCUCACUCCAAGAAUUCCAGAGAGCAUCUGCCGUUCGUAUAAACAUAUCUGAGACAUCUGUCUCCUCUUUGGAAAUUGAGGAAGAAAUCCCUUUUGACACAGAGAGCAGUAAAGGGGAAGUGCUAGAGACAGGCAGCCCUCAGGGCCCUGAUUCACCUGAUCUUAAGUCAAAGAGAGUGUCCAAUGACGCUUCUCCUAUGAAGGAAGAAUGUCCUGAAGAGGUUAACCAACAACAGAUAACCAAAAUACCUAAAGAUUCAAUGAGGCACAGUUCUCAAAAUGACUAUCUAACUCAAAGUGAUCUUUUAGUUGACCACAGCCCAUUCAAAAGCAAGCAGUACAUGCUUCCACGAGUUCCAGGAACAGUAGGAGACCAGUUCCAUCAGAGCUACACUGUGGUGGAAGAGAUUAAGAAAGAUCACCAGGACAUUGGUGAGCCCAUUUUACCUAGAGUUGAGUUCCCAAAAGGUACAUCGUCUGCAGAAAAAACUACAGAAGGCAAGCCAAACAAGGGAGGCCUAUUCCUGGAUCUUGAACCCAGAAGCCCUGAUAGCUCACUAAAAAUAUCUGGUUCCAACAGUGAUGACUUCUCAGAGAGUGAAGCACCAGAGCCCCAGGAAGACUUCUCCCUGAGCAGCCAAGAACUGUUUUCUUCAAGGGAGGAGCAGCUUAUACUAGAGGGGAUAGAAUGUCAGGGAAAAGGCACCUCAGAUCUUGAAAAUAACUUAAAACCAUUGGUUCAAAAUAAAGCCUCUAGAGAAACUGAAUCACAGGUUACAAAGAACAGUACUGGCCAACCAUGCCCAGAAACAUCCAUUUCCCUGCCACCAAAGAUUAAAAGACAUGUAAAACUAAGUUCCUCAGGUAAAGUCUUGGAGAAAGCACAGGCUUCCAAGGAUAGGCCAUUAUUUUGUUCUGCAAUGAGAGACGGUGCUUCCAUUAAUUCAAGAAGGCCACUGUCUGACGAGAACUUAUCAGAGAUAUUGUCACCGUUGGAUGAGGUACUGUCCUAUGGGAGUGCUGAACUACCUCCACCUAUUGCAAGAGAGACAGGCUCUGAAGCUUGUGAUGAUUUGCCCCUCCCUCCUCCUCCCCCUGCAGGUGAGGUGAUUACAUGGACAAGUGAUGAUGCCUCAUUUCAAAGCGAAGACUUCCCCCCAGUACCAGAAGAACUGGGAGAGUUUGGGAAGGAGAGACCUCAAUACCCAGUGGAUGAUGAUCCCUCGAUCAAGAGCGAGGACUUACCAUCCCUAUCAGAGGACCUGGCCCCUCCUGUUGAGGAGUGUUACACAGAGGAGCUGAACAGAUCUCUGCAAGAGAAGCAGUUCUUGGAUCCUAUGGAUAAAUGUAUGGUAGCUGUAAAUCAUAAGCGUGAAAAGCAAACUCUUGAGGUUGUAGCCAAUGGGUCUCAAUUUCAGCCUUCACAGGAAGAUGUGGAACACCAAGAACAGAGCUCCCAGCAUUUCAAGAAGGGAACCCCAUUUGUAACUCUUACCAAUGCUGAUGAAAGCGACUCAGACUCACUGUCAGACCCAUUGUCAUCCUUCCACAUUGGAGACCGAGUGUUGGUGUGCCACACCAAGCCUGGGGUUCUGAAGUUCAAAGGGCUCACUAGUUUUGCAACCGGACAUUGGGCUGGGGUUGCCCUAGACAGUCCAUCCGGACAUCACAAUGGCACCUACCGAGGCAUCCGGUAUUUUGAAUGUCCUAAAAACUGUGGUGUCCUGGUCAGAGCAGAGGACAUAUCUCACCUUCUGGGGGGCCAUGAGACUGACUCAGAUUUCAAAGCCAAUGAAGAUCCCUUCUCAGAUGGAGACUCACCUGAGAAAUUUAGAUCCCUAAGAGAUAAUAUAGGGGACAGUGGAUUAGCUGAGGGCAGGGGGGAAGGAGGAGAAAAGAGGAGUGGAGAAAGGGGAGGGAAGGAGCCUAGUGGGGAAAAAGGAGGAAAGCGGUCUUUAGCCCCUAAGGUGUGUGAAGCUGGCUCAUACAGCCCGACUCUUGAGGAGAUUAAUAACAAUAUACAGAACACAGCUGUGUUUAUUGAGGAAGAAUGGAACUUGGCACAGUCCAUUCCCUCUUCCACUGCAUCAGAGUUCAGUACAGGAGAGACAGACCUCCAGCAGAUCAUCAAUGAAGCAAGGGCUGAGUCCAAGCAGAAUGAAGCGGACAACUCCUUUGAGCUGGAUAGUAGUGUUACAACAAAUACAAAUAAGAAACUAGGUAGUGAACAACCUGCAGAUAGAAUGAUUCAAGAACUACCUGAAACCAACCGAAGAAAAUCCCUGAGCAUCUCAGGAGCUCCACUCAUUGGGGAACGCCAUACACACAAAGAGGAGAUGGGGGAUUCAAGCACCCUUGGCAGCCCUGUGCUGAAUUGUCUGGUGCACAGUGUGGCAGGGGAGUUAUUGAGCGAGGUGGUGAGGGAGUUCCAAGGGAUUCGGAAGAGAAAGCAGCAGCAGCAGGAGGCUGCGAGGACCAGAGGGAGCCUGACCAACACCCCCAAGAGCCCUGAACCUUGUCAGCAGGAGCCCUGCUCCCCCAGCACACUAUGCUAUUUGGAUCAAUGGCAGUGCACUACCUUGACAGCACCCCCCCUGGAAGACAAACGCCUCCAUGACCCUGCACAUGUACGAACACUGGUGGGGAGCGCAGUUGAGAGGCUGUGGAGCCAGGUACCAGGUCAGAAGGUUGGGGAGUGUGAUGUUGAGGGAAAGAGAGAAGGGGAUGACUGUAUGGCCGAUGAAGAAAGCAGGAAAGCCUAUAAACAGGUCAUAUUUGAUCUAACCUCAGAUAUAUUCCAUGAUGCUUUUCGAGAGAAUCUGAACACCAGUACCUCCCCAUGGAGGGGGAAAGGGGUCUCCACCCUCUCAGCUCUACUGUGCAGCAGGCCCACCCUCAAGGAAGUCAAGUCUGUCAUGCAGGCGGAGGUUCUGAGACUGCUCAAUCUGGACCGCAGCGACCUGGAGAUGAGGAGGAUUCUACAGAAGAUGUCCAAGUUUGGGAAAGUUCAAAGAGACAGAGUGGACUACAUUCUGAUCCAGGAGCUGCAUGAGGAGGAGCCGCAGUGGGUGGACUACAGCGCUGACAAGCUCAGUGUGAAAAUGAGACUGACAAAGGAGAUCUUCGAUGCUCUACUGCAGGACACCAUCCAGGUCCUCAAACACAUUGAUGGAGCGCCCCCUACUGCCAACCUGUGCGUACUGCAACCUGCCUUCAGCACAGGCUGAGCUAGGCCUCUACAGCACUCAGGCUACUGAACCAGGGUAAUAACUCUGAUAUGACAGGAACCCCUGUAGACUCACUACAGUGUAAAGUCUCCACCACUUUCUUCUCUGCGAGCAAUCCAAAAUGCUAAUUUAAGGGAACUUGCAUGCAAUAAAGUCAUACUUGCUCUAUAAGUGGUACGGACUUUGCAUUGAAGUGAAAUCUUUAUUUUUUAUUUUCAUCUGAAGGGAAGUAAUUAAGCCAUCAUAAUCAAGUUUACUGCAUGUUAUCUUACACCAGGGUUGUUUGUGUAGUAGAUUUCUUUUUAGAACUGAUGCAGUACUGUAUUUCUUUAUCAUUUCAAAUGGUAUAUUUAUACAUACACAAGAACACAUACACAUGCAUUGUCUCUAGUUUACCUUUAUCUCUGCUAUAAUCCACUUCGCUUUCAGGCUCUGCUCUGACAGUGAGGCUGCUAUCCACUUAGUCUCAUUUCAAGUUAUGCAAUGCAGUACAAAAACGUGCUGUGGUAAUUAGUUUCUUCCUCAGUUUGGGCACAGCUAUCUUCACAUUCUCUCUUAAUCACCACUUUUCUCCUGCAUAUGUUUAAGGUAUUCAGGUAACAUUUUGUGGCAACUAACGCUUUCAACAAUUUUCACCAAGUUGCUGAAAACAAAACUGUUUAGAUUGUGUUGCUUGAACUUUGCACAUGGUAAAAACUUUGCAACUUUAAGAAGUUGCUUCAGUACAGUAGGUCUUGAGUAUAAGUGUUUGGUGGCUACCUCUAAUCAAGUUGAGAGUGUAUAUCUCGUACACUAUUUGCUGUGUGAGGCCCAUGAGGGAAGCGUUGCAGACUCUGGGUCUGUCAUACAAACAGUGCGAGAGGAAAUACACUCUCAGCUUGAUCAGAGGUAGCCAUUGAACCUUAGAGACACAUUAGAAGUUAAAUACAUCUAAAUAAAAACAAAAAAGACCAUAUUAACAUAUUGAAUGUGUUUAUGUAGAUUCUGUUGAGGUUUACACGUUAGAAUUCUUUGUCAUUGACAUUCUCAGUGUGAGAUAUAUGCUCUCAGUGAAAAAUUAUAAGUGUAGUCACUGCUAAUAGGUUCUAGUGGGGAGGUGCCUUAAAAUGAAAGUUUAAAAACUCGUUUCAGCACAGAAAACUGUGUAAACACAAACCUCUUAUACCUGUGAUGCCUAAAUAAUUGCACUGCAUAGACACUAACAAUAGUAGUUAUAUUACUAUUACUUAAUAGCUAUAUUUCAGUAGCUUAUACAGCAUACAGCUCGAAAUUGAAUAAUCAAAUGUAUUUAUUGUUUUUUUAAUUGCAAUCAUUUUAUUAUCCAGUGAUAAUGUUAUCAUGAACACAGAGUGUAAAAAAGAUUGAUAAUUUAAUCAUUUGUGAUAAUGAGGACACAGUGUGUACAAGGUUGACAUGUUUUCAAAUAAUGAUCACUAUUCACAAAGAGUUAUUAAAAAAAUUACAUAUAUUUUAUUUAUAUUCAUGAAACUCUUGCUGUGUUCUUUAAAAGGGGCUCUAAAACACAGACGUGAGUGACCCCAAGCAUGUGCACUUAGAUGUCUCUGGCCCGGCACACUCAUGUCAGGCUGUCUUUCAACUGAUUCACUUCAAGAGCGACAAGGAGGGUGUUAGACGUGAGUGGCCCCAAGCAUGUCUACUUAGAUGUCUCACAGACCGUGAUUAGUACUAAUCUUGUAUUACUUUACCUAAAAUAACAUUAGGAAGUCCAAAAUGAGUGUUAAUCUAGGUCUGUGAAACCACCUGUAUAAAUUCAGAUGGUACAUCAGAGUGUAACAGCUAACACAGAUUGAAUAUAGGGCAGAUGCAACUGAGCUCAGGGCAGUGGGAAUUCUCCUGACAAAUCCAGUAUUGACAUUACUUGUGAGUACAGUAAUGUACAUCCCCAUCUUCCAUCUCAAUGGCAUCUUGUUCCAGUAUCAAACUGGGGGUGGAGUCAUCACAUUGUUUGUAUAAUUGGUAUUUAUAUUGGACCAGCGGGCAGUCUUAGCUGGGCUGACAGAGUUCCAAUUGAAAUCUGUUUGAUCUUUACCUGCUGCUAAUGGAAACGAACAAGUCUGAUUCCCAGUGAUGGAUAUGUGUCUUAAACAGUAUGUAAAAGAACAAGCUCAAGAAUCCUAACAGCAGAUUUACACUCCAUUUCUCCAGCUGCCCUCCUCACUGUGGAGUAGCAAAUGGAUAAUCAGUAAUGACAUUCAGGUCUAAAGACCCUGCCUCCAGCGUGUGCACUGUGCUGUAAAGAAAAUAUUGAUUUUUAUUUAUGAAAUGUAUAUUUUUAUACGAUAUUCUUUGAGUUUAUACUGAUUUGUUAUAUUUGCAACCGACCCAAAUAAAGUUUGCUGUGUUUU